CUGCGCCCCACCCAUGUGCCGUGUUGCCGGAACUACUAGUACUUGCGACUUCAUUGCUGUGACCGAACCCCUGCAACAGUCCCGGACGACUCUUCUCAAACGACAAGCAAGCCUUUCAUUCAACAGUCUAAAUGGGUCGUGUACUUUUAAAGGUCAUCAUUUUGGGCGACAGUGGGGUUGGCAAGACGUCUCUCAUGAAUCAGUACGUGAACAAGCGAUUUAGCAAUCAAUAUAAAGCCACCAUUGGAGCCGACUUCCUAACAAAAGAAGUCAUGGUGGAUGACCGCCUGGUAACAAUGCAACUUUGGGACACAGCAGGCCAAGAACGAUUCCAGUCUCUCGGAGUGGCUUACUACCGAGGCGCAGAUUGCUGUGUGCUCGUGUACGACGUUAACAGUGCCAAGUCGUUCGAGACGUUGGAUAGCUGGCGGGACGAGUUUCUCAUCCAAGCUAGCCCACAUGACCCGGAGAACUUUCCCUUUGUCGUUCUCGGAAACAAGAUCGACGUAGAGGAAAGCAAACGGCAGGUAACGCAGAAACGUGCAAUGGCAUGGUGUCAGUCGAAAGGCAACAUUCCAUAUUUCGAGACGUCUGCCAAAGAGGCUAUCAAUGUAGAGCAGGCCUUCCAGACGGUGUCGAAGAAUGCGCUACAACAAGAAGCAGAAGAGCAAUUGUAUGUUGACUACCCAGACCCCAUCCAAAUCGACCGAGAGGGAACCCAGAACUACGGUUGCAACUGUUAAUCUAUUAGACCACGGAUUUUUUGUGAUAUUUCUGUGAUCCACUGUUGGCAGCGGCGACGGGCCGCUUGUUACCCAUUUGUCACGACGAUGAGUGUUAUCUUACCGCUGUUGCCUUAUGCACAUAUUUCACUGCACGUUUUACCGGGUG